CAGAACAGAACUGAAUUGAGAAUAGAGAAAAAGAAAAGGUUGAAAACCAAAAUCAUAAUUCAUAACAUUGAUUAAUUGAUAGCAUAUGAACAAGAAGGAGGAUAAUGAGAAAAGAGGAGUUAAAGGUUGGAUCGACGGCGAUGAAACCGCUCACUAUAUGCUACGUAGGAUCUCCGCCCUCCGAUCCACCCUCCUCGUUCCGCCGCUGCACAGGGUUCCGCUCCGCCUCGGCAACGUCAUCGAGAUCUUCGGUCCCUCACCCUCCGCCAAAACACAAAUUCUCAUUCAAGUUGCUAUAAAUUGUGUACUUCCGAAAGAGUGGAACCGGGUUCGCUACGGUGGUUUUGACCAUUCCGUGCUCUUUCUUGACCUCGAUUGUCGCUUCGAUAUCUCGCGCUUCUCGCAAAUGCUCACUCAUCGGAUUAUGGAAGGUAAUGCGAUUGGGGAUUGUGAUAAGACGCUGUAUGAUUUGUGCAUGCAACGCUUCUUGUAUGCCCGGUGUUCCAACAGCUUCGAAUUCCUUCAGACUCUCAAGAGUUUACAUUAUCGCUUAAAAAGGGAGAAAGAUCAUGGGGUUAGUGUGCAACUGCUACUGAUUGACAGCAUUGGAGCUUUUCAUUGGGUAGAUCGGGCAUCAAUGUUCUUGUCUCUAAAAGAACAUAAUAGGAAAAAGCUUUUCUUACAGAGUGUAUCAGAAGCUGUAGUUCAAGAUAUUAAAAAACUACUUCAGGUGCAUCCUAUGUUAGUUAUAGCCACAAAGUCGGUUAUUUUUGGAAAUACAUACUCUACGGCUUCAGAGGAGGUCAACGGGUGUUCAAGAAAUGUAACAAGAAGCCCACAACAUACUCAGUAUCGUGAGUACAUGCCUUCAGUCUGGCAGUCUUUUGUUACACAUAGAAUACUUCUACGCCGUUCAGAUGAUCAACCUGUUAUAAGCAAUUCUGAAAACUCCUCAUGGUAUGUGUUGGAAUGGUUAUUACCAAGAAUUGGACUUCCAGACAAGAUUAUAGUGAAGGAUAAUGGUGUUUUUGUUGAUUCAUGAACCAUGGUUGCGGACGGUGCCAAUUGUGGCUGAUGUAAAUAUAGAUUCAGCAAUGCUUUUAUACAAGGGCACGUAACUGUCUUCAUUGGUCACAACAUCAUGAAGCAAAUAGGAUCCAAGUCUUUCUGAAGAUCCAUUGCAUCAGAAUUUAAGUUAUUCUUGCGUGCUAUAAGAAGGAUCUCAUAUUGCAACCUGAUUUAGGAAAGCUUCCGGGAUCGAGCACUUGGAAAGCUCCAAGAGGUCACAAUCACAAUUUUACUCAUCCUAGUUUAAUUAAUUGCCAACUUAGAUGAAAUUUGGUUCUUACAUGUGAUUUUCUGGUUGCAAUUGUUGAAAUGCACAGAAUCAUUUACUUGUGUAUUUGAAGAUAAACAAUGUUAGUUAACUCAAAUAAGUAACAAGAUAUAGGUGUUGACUGUUGAGAAGUGCAUAGUGCAAUAUAAAGAGAGUAUUGCCUCGUGACACAAGUAUAACUUUCUAAUAACCGCUAUCUUUUCUUUCUCCAAUAUCCUCUUUACUUAC